AUGGUAGAGUUAGAAAGCCCAGGGGAGGGGACCUGCCAAAAAAACAGGGAAAAGGAUAAUAUCGACAGAGAUCAGCAGCAACAGCCAGCAGCAGCAAACAGCAGCAGCAGCGAGCAAACAGCGAAGCAGCAGAGACAAAGGCUCAAGAACAGCGACCCCUUCAUCUCGAACGAAGACCCAGAAGAAGAAGAAGAAGAAGUAGAAGAGGAAUUCCUACGAGAAGAAAGAGAAGAGGAGGAAGAAGAGCUGGUCCGAGGACGUGAGCCUGUGCUCUGUCCACGCCAGGAAAAGUUCGGGAGACAGCUCGAGAAGGGGCUCGAUCAUUGUCACGAGCGGGAGUGA